AUGCUCCUCCCAAACACCACAGACUCUAGAGGAGUUCCUCUCUCGGUGAACUUCGACAGUCCUGAGGAUUUUUUCAUUUUUAUUUUUCAGCUUUUAUUCGCUACAUCCGCCAUUCUGGUGGCCGGACCCGUAGUCAUCACCAUCUUAGCCACCAGAUCCCUCCGCCUCCAGAACAGGUUCCUCUUCAUGCUGAACACCAGCAUCUGUGACACUCUGGUUGGGUUCUCAGUGUUUUAUCUCGGUCUGUUUGACGUUCAGGAGAGAUAUCCAUCCAGAAACGGAACCCUCAACCUGUUACCUGCUCUUCUUGGGGUGAACGUGAUGACAUUUUUAUUCGCGCAGUUCGACCGGUACUUCGCCGUUUGUCAUCCGUUCAUCUACACGAACUAUAUAACCCGGCGGGUGGUUAUCUCCACCAACGUCUAUUGUUGGCUUCACGUCUAUAGUCAGUCGAUCGUUUUAAGUUUCUUGCCACUUUCCAAAGCCCUACAGGUGUACGUGUUCAGUAUUGUCAGCUUACAAAUCAUCGUGUUCACCAAAGUGGUCAUGACCGUCAAACUGUACGUGGUCGCCAGGUUCCAGCUCGAGAGAGACCCUCCCGGUCCCGAGAAGGAAAACAAGAAGGAAUCUUUGAGAAUUAUUAUCUUUGUUGUCAUAAGCUUCUUGGUGUUGUGGGCCCCCUCUUUUUUUAAUAUUAUUUUCAAAUUUACGUUAGGAAAAGGCCUGACGUUUAGGAACGAGGCCACCAAUGUGUUCGCCAUCAUGGCUCGCUUCAACGCGGUGUGCACUCCGUCCGUGUACAUCUGGGGGAGUCCGGCUCUGAGGGAAGCCCUGGUGAGGACCGUGUGGGGCAGAGUGUGUCCGAGAUGCAAGGAGGUAACAGGGGACAUUGCCUCAUACUGCAGGGACUGUAUAAAGAUCACUAAAAAAAAAUAA